GUUCUUUAAGUGUUGUUGACUGCACUGGGACAUUCAAUCAAAGGAGUCACUGAUUCCAUUUUGGGGCAGCCUAAUUUAGUGAAACAGAAAUACCCAACCCGAUAUAUGGAUUGUUAACUGCUUGGAGCAAGUAACUUGGUGACAAUGGAGAAUCCGGGGUUUGGCUACUACGAUGAAAAAACACAUGAAAAUGGUCCAACCAAUGUAAAGGUCGAAAUGAACCACGUGGCAACAGAGGAGAUAAAAGUAUCGAUGAACAACGAUGUUGCGGCCGCGACGAGCAAAGAUUUGGUUCUAAAAACCCAAGUUUCAAAGUAUGAAGCCAUAGUUGGUGGUGUUCAACAGGGAGUUCAUAACUUUUUCUACGGUAAUACCAAACGGACUAGUGUUUUGAAGUGGUUUUUUGUAGCCGUACUAUGUGUCGGUUGGGUGACCUAUCUUGGCUUUGCUAAUGCUUACAGCGUCACGACUGCCCUUCCCUUAGACAUCAUUACAGGAAUUGUAAUUUUUUGCAUUGGAUACUAUUUGAUUAAGAAAAAUUACGGUGUUGCUGUUUGGAAAUGUUGUCUGACUUCUUGUGGAGCGGCAUGUUCUAAAGCAUCCAGAUUUUUAAAAUGGCUGUUCUAUCUGUUAGUGUUGGUUGCCAUUGGUCUGAUGCUAUAUUUCCUAGUUGGAAGAGAUAGACCAAAGAAUCUGAUAUCUGCAGGCGGCACAGUUACAAUUGUGCUCUUGUGUUUUCUCACCUCAACAAACCCAGCCAAGGUGAAAUGGCGACCAGUGUUAUGGGGCCUGGGCAUACAACUGGUAUUCGGCCUCAUUGUGUUACGCUGGAAUUAUGGGUUUAUUGCAUUCAGUUGGCUCGCGAAUCAAAUCACUGUCUUCUUGGAAUACGCAAAUGCUGGAUCAGCUUUUGUAUUUGGACCGCUUUAUUGUAACUACCCAUUUGUAUUUCAGGCUAUACCACAAGCAAUCUUCUUCAGUGCAUGCAUCAGCAUUUUGUAUCAUGU